CAUCGUCUCUCGGGACCUUGCUCUGCUAGAUGAAUUCAAUGGGAAAAAGGAACAAUGUGACUGAAUUUGUUUUCUGGGGUCUUUCUCAAAACCUAGAGGUUGAAGAAGUUUGUUUUGUGGUGUUUUCUUUCUUCUACGCAGUCAUUCUCCUGGGAAACCUCCUCAUCAUGCUGACGGUUUACAAGGGCAGCCUUUUCAAGUUGCCGAUGUAUUUCUUUCUCAGCUGCCUGUCUUUUGUGGACAUUUGUUACUCUUCAGUCACCGCUCCUAAGAUGAUUGUUGACCUGUUAGCCAAGCACAAAACUAUCUCCUACGAAGGGUGCAUGCUGCAACUCUUCGGGGUGCAUUUCUUUGGUUGCACGGAGAUCUUCAUCCUCACGGUAAUGGCCUAUGAUCGCUAUGUGGCUAUCUGUCAACCUCUACACUAUAUGACUAUCAUGAGCCAGGACAGAUGCAGCAAAAUGCUGCUGGGGGCCUGGCUAGGUGGGUUCCUACACUCCAUUAUCCAAGUGGCCCUGAUAGUGCAACUACCCUUUUGUGGGCCCAAUGAGAUCGACCACUACUUUUGUGAUGUCCACCCGAUGCUGAAACUUGCCUGCACGGAUACGUAUGUGGUGAGUGUUGUUGUGACGGCCAACAGUGGUACCAUUGCUCUGGGGAGUUUUGUUAUCUUGCUAAUCUCCUACACUGUCAUCCUGGUGUCCCUGAGAAGACAGUCAGCAGAUGGCAGGCGCAAAGCCCUCUCCACCUGUGGCUCCCACGUCGCCGUGGUCAUCAUCUUUUUUGGUCCCUGUACUUUCAUGUAUAUGCGCCCUGAUACUACCUUUUCAGAAGAUAAGACGGUGGCUGUAUUUUACACCAUUAUCACCCCCAUGUUAAACCCACUGAUUUAUACGAUGAGAAAUGCAGAAGUAAAGAACGUAAUGAAGAAACUAUGGGGAAGUAAGGUUUUCUGGGAAGCCAAUGAUAAAUAGUUGGAAGUAGCAAUUUAAGCUGGAUAAUCUUAAACUUCAUCAUCUGUACAAUAAAGACAAUGAUAACCUCAUAGGGUUUGAGGGAGGAAAAAAUAAGAGAAUAACACAUUCUAUAAAAGUAAAGUAUUGUGUAUCAUUAUUAUUAUUAUAUUUGUUCUAAUAUUUCAUAAUCAGACAAUUUUCUGAAAUAUUUAGACCAGAAAAAUCUUAUUUAAACUCAGAAGCUCACCAUGAUUAUACUUAGCACCAUUAUUUUCUCCCCAUUUUUGCCUUGACACUUUCUUUAAAGAAUUUAUUGUGAAAUUCUUAAGGGUGUUUUCUAGUGUUUAGAACUGUGAUUGGUGCAUACAAAGCACUCACUAUGUAUAUGUUGUAUGAAUGAAAUGAUACGUGAAAAAUAACAGAGAUCUAAACUAAAGUAUAUUUGUGUAAGUCCUCCCAAACAGAGUGAAAAUUAAAUCUAAUAAUAUUAGAAUGGAAGGGGGUUUGUCUGCAGAAUGUAAAAAAGAUAAAACAAGGGCUUAAAAAAUAG